AUGUUGCGUAAUUUAAGAAGGAAUGUUUUUCAUAAUCAUUAUGCGAUUUUUUUUUCACCAAAACAAACAUUUUUAACUAAUGAAUAUAAGUGUACUGAAGAUUGGAAUUUGCAAACAUCCUCAUCUUUAUUAAAUAAAGUAAAUCUUAAUGAUUUUUACAAUGUUCUUGAUCAGAACUAUACUUCGAAAGGCGUAAUAAGUGCUAUUGAUGUAGAUAUAUUUGCUAAUGCUGUAAAAGAAUCUAUAUAUCUAGAUGAACUUAAAGAUCUUUUGCAUAAGUUAAGGCUUUCUGCAGAAACAGGCAAGACAUUGGAAUCCACACAUCAUGCUACUAUAAGAAAUUACAUUGAAUUUGGGAACAUACAAGAUUUAGUUCACAUACUUAAGGAUCCUUUGAAUUUCGGUAUUUUUUUAGAUUUUUAUACAGCAAAUAUAUUAUUAGAUAAACUAUUAAAUGAGCAAAAUUACGAAAUAGCUGCUAAUGUUGCUUCUCUUAUUAUGUUGCAAGAAGAUUUUUCUAAUGAAAUUACAAACGCUAUGUGUCAAUAUGCAUGCUACAAGUAUUUAAUGACAACUAAGGAAGUAGAAAAGAAACCUUCAUCUGAACCAAAUAAAAAGGAAAAGAUUGAAGAAAUUAAAAUAAGAGUUAAAUUUUUAAGAAACCCAUACUUUGAUGAUCACUUUGAUCUAACAGAUUUAAAAAUAUUAUCUGGAAAAACAUUGGCAUGGAUAUCAAAAAUUUCAAAUGAUAAUGUUAAUUACAACUUACAAAUUCUGGGUUGGGUCUUUUAUCAAAAAUAUAAUAAAGUUUUAUCUUUAUGUGAAGAAAUUAUAAAUAAUAAAGCCUUUAAAUUAUACCCUGAAAUAUUGGAGAUAUUAGAAAGGGAAUCUAAAGUAGAGCAAGCUGGUGGAACAGAUUUGUUAGAAAAAUGUAUUGAAAAACUAAAAAAUGCUUCUUUAAUAGAAGCAAAUUUAGACGAUUCCAUAAAAAACACCAUAGAAAAUGCUAUAAAUAGAACACAAAAUAAAGAUAUUGCAUGCCAAAAGCAAUUAUUUCAAAUAUGGGAGAAAAUAAGACAAGAAAAGUUGGAAGAGCAAUCAAAACGAUUAGACAGAGUAAAGCGCAUGAAGAAUAUUGAAGAGAAGCAAAAAGAAUUACUAGUGGAUGAACAAAAAUUGUGGUUCUUUGAAAAUGAGGAAAGUAUUGACCUACAAAUUGAAGAAAAAGAACAACUUGAAGACAAUACUGUUACAAAGAAAGUAGCACAACAAAAGAGUGAUGAGAAUUAUAUACCACCUGAAAUUUUACCUAAGCGCAAA